AUGAACAAGGUUUUGGUCAUCGUAGAACGAAGUGAUCACUUUAUCUGUCAACAGCAAAAUAACAAUACACUUUAACCUGGUGAACUAUCUGAAGAUGCAACUUCCGAAGCGCAGAGUAUUCAAUGUGCUUAAAAGACAUCAGAUGUGGAAGAUGGUUAGGUGUCCUGCGAAGAUUUUGGGGGCAUACAUAACGUGAUUAACGAUAGGUCACUUUGCCAGUUUGAUAAUACUAUUAUUACAAAGAGAUAUAUGUACAUAUAUUGAUUAUUAAGAAAGUGAGUGAGUCUGGUGGAAUAAGCUGAUUGGGAAGAUUAUGAACUUUUCGGAGAUGAUCCACAAGUCUCAAAAGAUAAUAACAGGAUCCCUAUUUGUCGUUUUCACAUACGUAAUUCCUGCAUUUGGGUCCAAAAUUGCCGGUUUCGUCGUCCAAAGUUGAACAAACUGGGCAAAUAUGUGAUGUUUGAAAAAAAGUUUCUGCCUGUGCCUACAGUGCCUUUCCGCCAGUUGGAUACCUACCAAAUGGCACUGGUCGACAAGAUGCGGAGGAUGCCUGAAAGCCUGGGUAUAUCGUUCGGCCUCAACGAAAUGGACAACGAUCCCUACUACACACAGAAUCAGCCAGAGGUGAACAAGCGUCCUCCACUGCUUCAAACGCCAACCUUCAGUGAACUAUUAAUGGCGCAGAAAUAAUAUCAUUACUCCUUGAAAGGGAAUCGCAAUUCUUCUAACCUUUUACCACCCAGAUAUUCUCAGCAUUUCCCAUCGAGUAUUAAGACAAAUGGAACUUUCUUUUUGACGCGUUUUGAGAAACAAGGUUGUUCUUCAAGUCUGCGACAACGUUUUAGCAACAGCACUUUCUGUUUAAGCAACCUGCCUAUCUAUAAAUCCACCAUCAAAAGCACCGAUUAAGUUUCAUCUUUCCUCGAAUCUGAUGGACUGCGGGAAAAACUGUCGAUGAAAACUCCGGCAACAAAUCAACCAUGUCUUACCCAGUGCACCGAAGAUAGUUCAAAAUGUAUUAAGAGCUCUUACAGUAUUAGAAAGAAACAGGACCGACAGGAACAUUUACUAGUGAAACUGUUUCGCUUGGAGCAGCAAAUAGCGGAAAAGAAGAAGCAACGGGUAAAAGCACUAAAAUAG